AUCUAGCAUUCUGCUCAGCAUGGCCACAAAGAACAAGUGCAAUUAAUCGAUGGCAAUCGUAUCAGCGUGAAUUUGGGUACACCGCCGGCAGAAAAAUACGCACCAGCUACGAGCCCGGUCGCCCCGGUAGCUCCUAACGGCAAUUACACACCUCUAGCUCUUCUUUUCUCUGCGUUUUGUGAUCGUUUUUCCGGAGUACGGCGUGAAAAAAGAGGGCCCACAAAAUUCGGUUCUGGCUGGGGGGUGAAAAGUGCGUAAAAGUGUUAUUUCCGCUAGUGGUAGUUUGGCAUCCGCGGACGGUCGGCCAAGGAGCAGGGAAUUCGCUAUCUCGUGGUACGAACCCGGUGUGGAAAUCGUAAUCGCUGAUGGACAGACGCAACUCGAGUGCUUCCAGUGUCGAUAGGAGUGUUGCAAUAUAAAUAUGGCUGUUGCUGCCUGUCUGAAAGCGUCCCAGUCAACCGUCGUCUAUUCGGGUCAGGCUCAGCCAACACCACUGGUAGGAAUGAACGGUGGAGGAACCGGUGGUCACCUGCAAAGUCAGCUGACCCGCUCGCUGGAGCGCAUUCUGGAGGAUGCGCAUCUUAGCGGGGAGCUGAAGCUGAGCGGACGCAAGCUAAAAGACUUCCCGAAAGCGGCUGGAAAGUAUAACCUCAGCGACACGGUUAUUGCAGAUUUGUCGAGGAAUCGAUUCUGCGAACUACCAGAAGACAUCACAUGUCUUGCGUUUUUAGAACGGCUUCUGGUCUACCAUAACACCAUCCGCUCCGUGCCGGAAACGAUACGCGGACUGCACUCUCUAACUUAUUUAGAUUUAAGAAACAAUCAGCUAUCAGUUUUGCCGCGCGAAAUCUGUGCUCUACCUCUGCAGGUUUUACUUGUAUCGAACAAUCGGCUUGCGACUUUGCCCGAUGAGCUAGGUCGGAUGGAGAAGCUGACGGAGCUCGAUGCUGCCUGCAAUCAGAUAACGCAUCUUCCCGCGCGAAUGGGCGAUCUUCGCAACAUGCGGUCGCUAAAUUUGCGCAGCAAUCAGUUGGUUUACCUGCCUCGUGAUCUCACCUGCCUACAGUUGGCCUUCCUGGACAUUAGUAGCAACAAGAUUGCCACGUUGCCGGUAGAACUGCGACACAUGACCUCGCUGGUGGAUUUGGAACUUUCGAACAAUCCGCUUACCUCCCCACCUGCAAGCCUCUGUGUGCGUGGAUUGGUGCAUGUCUUCAAGUAUUUGGAAACGAUAGCCUCACGAGAGGAAAAAUCCAAGACGGGUGUCGAUGGCCAUGCAACGCUGCGGCGAACAGCUCUUUCGGCGAAGAAUUCCAGCAGCUGCUUGCUCGAUAGCCAACAGCGGAAUCGGAGGGCACACGUCGACUCCGGAUAUUGCACUAGCGAUGGUGGCUUCGAGGGUAAGCGAUGGAUGCAUGACGAAGAUGCGCACAAUUCCACCACCAGUUCAACGGCAAAAUGGUCCCCUAUUCCUCUGCACUCGGGUUUCACGGUUAUGCCACGCAACGGUAGUAGUAACCAUAACACUACUUCUAAUCCGUCCUCAGGUGGGCCACAGGCCGCGCUGAUAUCUCAUGCAAUCCAUGGUGGUUCAAAUGAUCCGACCGUGGACGGUACUACUGGCAGCAAUAAUGAUGUAUGUUGGGAAGAAGAAUUCCGAAAGAAUGCGGCAUUUCAGGAGCAUCAUCCCGACCGUAAACCGUUAUCGAAUAACAAUAGUAACGAUAUAUCGCCCGAAGGAGAUAUCACACCCGAUGGCACAAAGACGGAUGACAAAGGCCGCACACUAUCCAACUAUCAGACGUACCGCGAGUACAAGGAAGCUUUGCGUCAGCAGCGUAAUCUCGACUCUGUGUAUCGGUCCAAAGAUCAGCCACUCACACCGGACAGUGCGGGAUCAGCGACGGACUCGCCGGUUAGCAACGUUUCUCCCUACACAAAAUCAAUCUCGUCCUCCUCAGUUUACAGCAGCAGCAGCCAAAGCUCGCCCGUAUCGCCGCAUCACACGACAGGCGUUCAAAAGCUUAACCAAAUCAAUGCAAAUCCGAACGGCAUCUACAAUGCGACCGGUGCAACUGGUACGCACUCCAGCCCAUUGCUAUCGCCAAAUCGUAAUGGUAGUCAAGCUUCUACCAUAGAGGACAGUGCUGGCGGAACACCGAAUAAACGACCGGUACAAAAGGUCAUACCGUCGCGCAAUAUUGGGUCAUCCCAUCACACUCACUCACCUACCCAUUUGAAUGGCAAUUCGUCGGGUUCAGCGAGUGUUUCGAAUGGUAAAAUUCCGCUGGCAAACGGUGCCGGGAAAGGAUCGUUGUCUUCGCCAAAUGGAAGCGCUAGCAAUGAGUACGCAUACGUAAAACCAAACAGUCCGUGCAAGUCCACGAGUGGUGCUUUGACGCACAACAAUGUUCCUCCCUCGUCAAUACCAAAACCAACGGCAGCAAAUGGUGCAGCAGGAUUGGGCUCACCGGUGCUAGCUGGAGGCAGUCAGAAACCCUUGACCGCGACAGUAGGCUACGUAAACAACGCUAAACCGGGGCAGAAAACGAACAAGACUGUCUCUUGGAACCGCGACGUGCCUACCGAAAAGUUGAGUUUCACCAUGCGACGAGAGUUCGACAAGCAGAAAGAGGAAACAGAACUUAUUGAGCAGCUGAGGCAAAUAAUUGAAACUCGCCUAAAAAUGUCACUCCCGCAAGACAUUGCGCCCGCAUUGAUGGAUGGUGUCGUGCUGUGUCACCUGGCAAAUCUUGUUCGGCCGCGAUCGGUUGGAAGCAUUCAUGUACCAUCUUCAGCUGUGCCCAAACUAACCAUGGCCCGCUGUCGGAGAAAUGUGGACUAUUUUCUUGACGCCUGUCGCAAAAUAGGAGUAGACGAGGAGUUGAUUUGCUCCUGUCAGGACAUCGUUCCAUCAACCAUGGCCGAACCCCCAUUGGAGGAUAGCGAUCGGAAUGCGAAAGAUGAUGUGGACGGACGUGGAUCGCAGGAAGCAAGUCUUACACCAAGACCUCCUAAUCCGUUGGCGAUGUAUCGAACGAUAGCGGCUUUGCUGAGCAUGCCACCGGUUGCGAGCGCAUUCGUAUCACCGCCCUCACCGUCGGCCAUUGGUUUGCUUCGUCGUCCGCGAUCACCACCGCCGCCGCCGCCGCCGACGCCGCCGCUGCUGCUGCUGCCACCAGCAUCAGUCGUAACAGCUGCUGCAACCAACACCAACAGCUCAGCAGAGCCAGAGAAAAAUUUAAAUUGCGACCCAAGGGCGGCAACGCAUGAUUUAUCCUCGCUAGGUACCGUAGAACCGCAGAGCUUGCGAAUUGUCACUGACUAUGCCUCUGCCGGUGAGAUUCUCGACUACGCUUGCGUGUACAGCCAAAACUCGCAGCACGCUAGCGAGGAUCACAGGAAUGUCCCGGUGACAUUGGAUCUUCCCAAAGGCAAUGCAAAACCAACCAGAAAGCGAAAGUUUCCUUCCUCACGAACCAAUCGCCGAAAUCAUAGUUCAAACGACGUACAGUCAAACCUAAACGAAAUUAUUGAGGAAUGCGAAUAUGACAGUGACAUUGGCAAAUUUCGCUGUCGCACUGCCGACAAUGCUCAGGAUUACGACGACUCGGAAACGAGCCUCACUUCCUGCGACGACGAUCAGAGCGGUGCUGUUUCGGUUGGAGGUGAUGAAAAUGGAGAUGCAUUUACACCGACCAACGCUCAGUCCCCUGCGUCGUUGAGCGAUUGCUUAGUUCGCCGGCAUGUGCCAUCGAACGAUCUGGACACUCCAGUCAUGGGGUUAAAGGCUUUAAAGCCCGACACGAAUGGAAGCGAAAAUUUUAACAUUGUCCAAAGCGACAUCGAUUUCGGGCAUGCUAAAGAGCACAAGGUGGUCACUAAGCGGAUCGAGUUUUUCGAAAAUGCCGCCUCGCCGGGUAGGAAAAUUCUGAACUGUGAAACGCAAACACAGGCAAGCGUAACAAGCGUUGGGGUUUGCACAACACCGGAGCACGGGAUCGUUGAUAAACAGGCGCUUGCAGCCGAGGAAAACAAUACACCGAUUGGUGAAAUCGUCGAUUCGCUUCGCCUUCGACCCGAACCCAAGCAUCCAGUGAUGGAAACGGUCCUGUGCUUAGGAACUUUCCUGUUUACGGUUAUUUACCUUUACCUCUAUCCGUUGUAAUAAUGCUUACUUACGAAUCCCUUUUUUAAUGUGUUCUCAUCAAACGAAUCUGUUAACAUUUUCUUGUCCCUUUGAAACAAUCGUUUUAUUAUUUAAAAAAUAGUCAUUUGUAAAGUUUUUCCACGUGCGCUUACAUGUGAAAUGCAUCACUUCUACUGGAAAGAUCAGGAUUUAAAGCAUUUUUAUUGCAACACGAUUACAAUGUCCACCAGUUUAAUUUAUAUUCACAAACAUUAAUGAUUUCUGUUCUCCCUUCGAAGCUAAGCGUUCUGUUCCAUCUUGAAGAUGGUUUAAUUGGAAGUUAGUUUAGCGUUUAAUGUGCUAUACGCUGCGAUGGUAAGUGAUCAUAUUCGAGCAAUCGAGAAAAGUACAUCACCUAUUUCGCCAAUGAAAAGCUUCAUCUGAUGCAUCUACACAUUUGUUGUCACGCAUAAUACAUACUAGUAUACAUUGAGCAUUCGUACUGUAGAAUAAACAAUGCGUUUGAAUUUUGAAAUGCUAUGUUAAUCGUGGAAACACUCGUUUGAGUUGAGGAGCCAAUCAUUACUCUCGGAAACCGUGCAACACACAGAGAGUGGCUAGUGACGCAUUUCAUUAUGCUUUUAAUUUUAAUUUUGAAGAGGCUUUACCGUUUACGUUGCUGUUUUGUGUUUUCUGCGCAUUAUUUAUUGAAAAAUCCAAAUGUCCACACACAAGGCGCGUUACUUAUUUAUGAGUUAAGCUUUCGAAUGAGGUUCUUUCGAGGAUACAGUGUUGGAUAAUGUUCUUUGUAGUGGACAGAACUUGUCGUAGCUUGAUAGUGCCACGGGCAAAGUGAACAAUCAAUAAUCAAAAGAUGAAAAGUUACUACUACUUAAACACACCAUGGUGGCUAAAAGGCAUGUUGAACAUGUACGUUAGUGACUUAGAAAAGAAAACAGGAACAAACUAUACUGCACACACAUGGGUAAGAGGAAGUAAUGAACACAUAAGAGUUGCCUUAAAAUAAAUGAAACGUUAAGAAAGUAAUGCACCCGCAGAGGAUGUAUGUGUGCGGCUAGAAAUUAGUGCUUUUUCUCAGUGAAUCAAACCAAUCUCAGUUUUUUCCCCAGUUUCAUUUGUUUAGUAAAAAAAAGUAUUUAUCAGGCCGCUAAGAAAUGUUUAAAUUAUCGUCCGCCUUCUAGGCUCUUUGCUCUGUACGAAACAUUAGCUUAGUGAUUAUUGUUUUAAGCAAGAUGGAUAAGUAUCUAGUGAAUAAUUGAACACAUUCCCUUACGUUACGUACUACCAUGAUUUCCAAACGUUUUAAAAUCUCAUUACCAAAUAUUGAAAGUUCAAAUGAUAUAUUUUUUCUACGUAUUAUGUACUCUAGUACUUACUUUGGGGCGGAUCUUAAAUGUAAGGUUUAUUAAGUAUAUUUAAUUUUGUCUGGAUUUUUUUGUAUUAUCUUUAUUUUACACUGCUAAGAAUGAUUUACCUGUUUAUUUGACUUUAAGUUUAGAGCUAUAUUUUCGAGCAACCUUUUUAGAUGUAACAUUGACAGGCGGUCGUCUAUUUACAAUUAAUAACACACCAAAGGGACUUUCAUGGAAUGGAACCAUUGAUGAGAUGUAACCUAAACCAACCGACGGCUGGAGAAUGUAGAACACAAAAAGCACCAAUUGAAAUCCAUUUCUAGGACAAUAGUUUGAACAGUUAAAUGAACAGGCCCUUCCACCAUUUCUUGAAAACGAAAGCGGUUGCAAAGGAAUGUUCUCUACACAGUUGUUGAAUGUCAACCGAUGCAGAUGGAACAUUGAAUAACUUUUAAUAUUCCUAUAUAUUCCUAUUCCAAGAUGAGACAGCUAUUAGUAGAAGAGUGGUGUAGCAGUGAAGCAAAAGCACAUGCCUACCGAUAACAAUUUGCUUGGCAAAGUUUAGAACUGUUUUGGAAAUUGCGUUAACAAACAUUACAUUACAUUGAUUGAGAUUCCGAGAAAAGUGUGCUUAUAUUCCUUCGUUCAUUCCGUAUUUUUUUGCACCAUACUUAAUCAAUCUUAUGCCUUAGGGAACCUUACACGAGGCUUCACAAGCGUGUGAACAGCAAUACUACGACUACAGAUCGUAACCAGGAAAACUACUGUCUUGGACUAUUCAGCUAUCAUAAACCCAGACGCUACGCAAGACUGCUAAUUUUAUUACCAAAAUCGUUGAAUCGUUUUUCAUGUCUAACACGUAUCGCUUGUCUAACAAAAUUAUUAUUAAUGUAUCAACAGAAGAAAAGCAUUAUCACGCUUACACCCAUACGAUGCUGCGUUCUCAUGAGACGACUUUCUAUUGAUUGCCGUUUGCGCUUGAGUUGAUGCAAAACCAAUAAAAACGAUAUAUCUUACGUGUA